AUGAUAGCAAAACUAGUGAUUACGGAUGUAUUGGACGAAUUGAAUGAAGAAAACGGUCGACUAAUGUCUGAAUUAGUUUUCAUGCAAUACAUUAAACUGAAAACUAAUAUUAAAAUUGAUUUCAAAAAUUCGGUCAAAAUUAAUGUGAAGAAGACAUUGAAGAAAACUAUUGACAAUAAUAGUGGUUAUAAUAACUUAAGAAAUAAAUGCAUUGAUAAUAAUAAUAAUAAUCUGAAGGAAACUGUGGACACAUCGCGUGAUAAUUCAUUGAAUAAACGAAUUAAUAUUUAUUUCAAUAAACAAACAGAAAAGGUGUCCACAAAUGUCCAACACUUGGACUCUUCAGACAAAUACCACAAUAAUACUAAACAAGAAGACAUACCACGGAUUAAGAGACAGUAUACUAAACGUAAGAUUAAGACAACGACGACAACAAUAAGUGAUCCAUCAGUGAAGACAAAGAUUAAGAAAAAAUAUAGUAAACAAAAGAAGUUUGUCUGCGAUUGGAUUGGAUGUGAUAAACGAUUUCGUGAAUCAAAUCAACUUCUGUCGCACAUACGGGUCAAUCAUACCAAUGAGCGGCCGUACAGUUGCCAGUUGUGCAACAAAUCAUUUCCGGUAACGACAGCACUGAAAGCGCACCAAAAAUUUGUUCAUAACAACAGUGAUGAUCAGUCAUCAUCAUCACCACCGAAGCUAAAGUGUCCGUACGAUGGCUGCGCCAAACAGUUUAGUUUGAAGUCAUUGUUGAACUCUCAUAUGAAAUACAGACAUAAACCCAGAGAAUUCAAAUGUGAUGUCGACGGUUGUGACAAAAGUUUUUGCUAUCGUAACAAACGUGAAAUACAUAGAUUAAGAUUUCAUUCGGAUGUUAGGCCGUUCCCCUGUGAAUGGCCCGGUUGUGACAAACGAUUCAAGUCGUCCACUAAUUUGCGACGGCAUCGCGAAACCCAUAGUCUGGUGCGCGGCUACCGGUGCGAUGUCGGCGACUGCACUAAGACGUUCAAUACACAGCAAAGUCUAAAUAGUCAUAAACUGACGCACACCCGACCCUACCAGUGCUCGUGGCCGGCCUGUGAGUUCAGGACGGCAUCCAGUGUUGUACUCAACGAUCACGUGAACGGACAUCAGGGCAUCAAACCAUUUAAAUGUCAUUUUCAUGGAUGCGAUUGCAGUUACAGUAGUAGAGCAUCGCUGAGAGUUCAUUGGCGUCUAAUACAUAAACACAAUAGGAUUGAAAUGAUGGUAAAUGUGAUGAUUAAGGAUAUAUUGGAUGAGUUGAGUGAAGAAAAUUGUCGACUAAUACGUGAAUUAGUUUUUAGCAAACAAUUGAUUGAAUUGUUUGAUAAAUACAGACAUUUAGUUAAAAGUUUGCAAACAAAUUGUGUUUGUAUUGAAAACAAUGAAUUGAAAACACAAUUCAAUGAAAUGGAUGUCAAAUACAAUGAACUCAAGACUCGAUAUACAACUGAUGACAGACUGAACGCAAAGAAAAGUGAAGAUAAAUCUAGUGAUCAAUUGUUAGACAGACCACCGGUUAAGAGACAGUAUAUUAAACGUAAAAUUAAGACAACAUCGAAAACAACAACAACUUGUGAUCCAAUAAUGAAGACACAGAUUAAGAGAAGAUAUAAUAAACAGAAAACAAUUAAUCCGGAAAUAACAGACAACUGUUGUGAUGAUAGAGUGGUCGAUAAAAUCACUGAUAAACCAAUCAAUGAUAAUGACUGUGAUAUUGUGGACAACAAAACCAGUAAUACUCGGCAGAAAUCUUCGGCAGAAAUAUUAUCAGUGAAGACAACUGAUAGGAAAAAAUAUACUAAACAUAAGAAGUUUGUCUGCGAUUGGAUUGGAUGUGAUAAACGGUUCGCCGAAAGAGACUAUCUGGUGGCACACAUACGGAUCAAUCAUACAAAAGAGCGGCCAUACAGUUGCCAGAUAUGCGGCAAAACAUUUUCGGUAAUGAGAUUAUUGAAAGCACAUGAAAAAGUAGUUCAUUCGGCUUCAAACAGAUUCAAGACUCAGCCGCUGAAGUGUCCGUACGAUGGCUGCCGUAGAGUGUAUAGUUUGGAGACAACGUUGAACUAUCACAUCAACUAUAAGCACAAGAAUUUGAUACCGAAAUCGUUUAGAUGCGAUGCCGACGACAGUUGCGAUAAAAGUUUUUACAAUCGCUAUCAAUGGGAACGACACAAGCAGGCCGUCCACUACGAUCUGAGACCGUUUCCGUGCGAAUGGCCCGGUUGUGACAAACAGUUUAGGUCGACCAGUGAGUUGAGAGUACAUCGCGAAAGACAUAGCGGUGUCCGACAGUAUCGGUGCGAUGUCGGCAAUGAAUGCAAUAAGACGUUCACUACCCGUAAAUGUCUGAAACAGCAUCAAUUGUCRCACACCCGACCCUACCAGUGCUCGUGGCCGGCCUGUGAGUUCAGAUGCGCWAACAAUAUUACACUCAACGAUCAUAUGAACGGACAUCAGGGCAUCAAACCAUUUAAAUGUCAUUUUCAUGGAUGCGAUUGCAGUUACAGUAGUAGAGCAUCGCUGAGAGUUCAUUGGCUUAUUGAAAUGAUGGCAAUAAAUGUGACAAUUAAUGAUGUAUUGGAUGAGUUAUGUGAAGAAAAUCGGAGACUUUUUGCUGAAUUAAGAUAUUGUCAACAAUUGUGGGAAAUGUUUGAUAAAUACAGACAUUUAGUUAAGAGUUUGAAAACAAAUUGUGUUUGUAUUGAAAACAAUGAAUUGAAAAUACAAUUCAAUGAAUUAGAUGUUCAAUAUUUGACAUUAAAGUCAAAGAAGAUAACGAUAACAUCUAAGGAUCAAAUUGUUGACAAUCAUAAUAAAGACGAUAAUAAUAGUAACACAAGAGAUCAAUGCUAUAAUAAUAAUAUUAUUAAUAAGGAAAGUGUGGACAUAUCGGUGGUUAAUGAAAUGAAUAGACCGAUCAAAAGAGGUAGAGGUAGACCAAAGAAGUCGAUGGUAUUAUCGUUAACAACAAAACGGAAUAAACUGUUGAAAUCAAAUCAACUAAAGAGUGUUUAUAGUUGUGAUUACAUCGGUUGUGACAAACAGUUCAGAUAUAUGUGUCUACUGAAGACACACAUACAGAUCAGACACAAUACGUCGGAGCGACCGUUCAAAUGUGAUAUCGACGGCUGUGACCAACGUUUCAAUCGAAAAGAGCACAUUAAACGACAUAAGACUAAUAUACAUUGCGAUGAUCGGCCGUACGGUUGUGAGUGGCCGGGAUGUGGCCUACGAUUUAAGGAUAACACGAGAUUGAAGUUACACAAUAAACGACAUACUCAUGGCGGCAGUGGUAGUGGUGUCGAUAAUUCUAGUGAUGAUAGAAGUUGUGGUAAAUUGAAUCCGAUUAGUACUGAAAAAUCUUUAGCUAAAAAGAAGAUAAUGCAGAAAAUAUAUAACAAAAAUCGUUUGAAAAAGUAUUGCUGUAAUUGGGAAGGUUGUGGCAAAAGGAUCCGCGAUAAAGAUAUGCUUUUGGCACACAUACGGGCCAAACAUACCGGUGAACGACCGUUCAAAUGUCAAAUAUGCGACAAAACAUUUUCAAUGGAUAGGUAUUUAAAGUCACACCACUUAACAGUUCAUACCAACAACAGUGACGGACAGUUGGCUACACACAAGUGUCCAUACGAUGGCUGUACUAAAGAGUAUAAAUCGCUUCCGUCGUUGAACUAUCACAUCAAUCAACUUCACACAAUGUUGGCGACCAAAUCGUUUCUAUGCGAUGCCGACGGUUGCGGCAAAAGUUUUUACCGUAAAUAUAAUCUGGAAACUCAUAAAAAGCGCGUCCACUACGAUCUGAGGCCUUACCCGUGUGAAUGGCCCGGUUGUGACAAACGGUUUAAGGCGCCAACUAGUCUGAGAAUACAUCGCGAAAGACAUAGCGGUGUCCGACAGUACCGGUGCGAUGUCGGCGAUGAUUGCAAUAAGUCGUUUACUACCUAUAAUGGACUGAAACAGCAUAAAAGAUCGCACACCCGGCCCUACCAGUGCUCGUGGCCGGCCUGUGAGUUCAGAUGCGGAUCCAGUGUUACACUUGAAGAUCAUAUGAACGGACAUCAGGGCAUCAAACCAUUUAAAUGUCAUUUUCAUGGAUGCGAUUGCAGUUACAGUAGUAGAGCAUCGCUGAGAGUUCAUUGGCGUCUAAUACAUAAAUUUAUCAAAUCAUAUGAACAUAAAUCGUAA